CUUUGCUGGCCUACCGGGGAGGUGAUGUCUUUGCUACUAUUGUCGAGAUUUUCAGACAAAUUCCCAAAGGUCGUGCCUGCAGUGCAGACAGCCUUGAGGAGUUACUCAAACAAUACCGGGUAUUAUAAUGAUACUCUUUAUUUAUGCCACGUUGAUGAGAGCCCUCUCUAGCAAAACGGAGCACAGCAGGCGUACAGGUUUCAUGUUUUUCUUCUUUCGUGUUUUACUUUACUAUCUUUCCGGGCUCUCAUGGUUCCUUUGUUUCAGCUGCGUUUUGUUUCAGAUCUUCAAAGACUUGUUAUGACAGGGAUUUACGGUGUAGAUAGACGUGAUUGGAUAUACAAGUACUAU